AAAAAUUUUAGUAAAACAAAAUGUCAUCCGAAGAGGACCUGUCUAGUGCCAUAGCCGAAUCGGAAUCCAUUUCGGAGAGUUUCGGUUUUCUGAAGGCCAAAUUUCUCGAGAUCCUAGAUGACCAUUUUUUCCACAACCUUCAACAUGACUGGCGCGAUUCGAAGAAGGGCGUCCCGGAUGAAGCCGUUGUACCAUCGUACCACAGUUUGAGCGAAGAGAGUGGAAGUUUUCUGGUGCUCGAUGGGUUCAAGAUCUCCUACGAUUGGUUUAGAUCCGCGCUGAAGAAAAUUGAAACUGUUCCGGAACCAGCUAUAUGUGAACCGAAAGUAGAGAAAAAAGUAAAAUUUGUGAGUCCAUAUACGGUGAAAGCGCCAGAAGAAGUUGCAGUUGACUCGGAUGAAGGAGAUCGGUUGCACACCCAUAGAAGCCGAGCUAGACAGGGUAUGCGGAAUCGAUUGAUGGUCGAGAAUGUUCCGUUCGAAGAAGAAAGAUUAGGCACCCAUCGCAAGUACCCGAAUAGAUUGGCGACUCAGCUAGAUCCUCAUAUCCGUAGUGAAAUUUCUUAUCGACCUCGCAUCCGAAAUUUUAUGCGAGUAAGUGCAAUCCAUCAGCUUCGAGAAGACUCCAGGCGACAGUUCGAGACAUUCUAUCGCCAGGAAUAUCUAUUUGAAAAGACGGAAGCCGAGAAGGCCGAAAAACAAUACCAUAAAGAUCUUCUCGAACAUUGUAGCGGUAUGACCCAAGCAUUGCGAGAAAUUCGACAACAACGGUUCAGUUCAUCUAUGAGGGUGCUGGACAUGGUUAAGCCAUGUUACGAAGAAACAGCUCGUCUAGAGGGAUUAUUCAAAGAACGGAAACAGAAAAUGGUAGCGUUAUGGAACGACGUUAUUCAACUGGAAAGUAUCUGGAAGCAUCGUAUAGUAUACCAAAAUUUCUUGUAUCUUAUUAUGCCGAAAGGUUGGCGCGAAGAAUAUGACUGGAUUCACAGGGACGAGAACGGUGAGUUGGAAAGCUUUCCCGAAUCGAUCGCCAAAAGGAGCACUGCAAAUCUCAGAGAAUUGAAAGGAACGAACGAUAUUUGGGCAGUGAAGAAGUUUUUUGAGGAAGAGUUUUUGGCCAAAGACAAACCCGUAAAUCCAGCAUUUGAAGAUUGUGAGAGUUUAAUGGUAGGCAUUGCGGAAUUGGAUGUCAAUUCUAUAACCCUCCUCAGUCGGCUUAAUCUGAUGAACUGGGCGCUGGCGGAGGUCGAGAAAGAAGUUCAAGUAGUCCAAUUGAAGUUCGAUAAAACCAUCAAAGAGCUACGAGAAUCCAUCUCUGACUUGUUUGAGAAAAAAAGGAGAUGUGAAGAGCGUUCGGCCAACUUGAAACACAUUUUCGAAGAGCUGGUAGAUGAACCUUUGCGAAAAUGCGUGUAUAACGAAAAAACAAGGACUACCGAAACCCUCCUCAACGUUAUGUAUAAAGAUUUUCUUCCUCCCUCGAAACGCUCCCAAGCCCUCUGGCUGUCCGGUGUCGAUUGUGUCAAAUUCAUAUCUAACAUUGUAGUGCAGUUACUAGCGGAUUUGGAUAGAUGUCCACCAGAAUUACUUGAAACCGUUGAGAAAAGGGUAAGGAAACGCAACGCACUGAAAUGGAAGAAGGCUAGAAAAGCGGCCGAGGAAGAUCGUCGUAACCAAAUGAUAGAAAUUCAGCUGAAACGAGCUCUCGCUCCACCCUACAUCAAACCGCCAAGGAAAGGUAAACUUCCAAGAUCAAGGCUCAAGAAAAAGAUAAUCCCAGAAGUAAUCAUCCCGCCGAAAGUCACCAAAUUGGAAAAGAUUUUUGCGCUUGGAUUCGGGAAACAGGCAAAGAUGACCGAAUCGGAACAGACCACACUGGCGGUGGAUUUGAUGUUCCAAAACUAUUGUACGGUGCAGUUCGAUCAAUUCUUGCGAACCCUCGGCUAUGAACCGGAUUACGAUUUCGUGCCUCGGGUGCAGCAACGGGAUGGUCCGGAAACGAACUUCAUCCACCGGAAGGAAAUGAUACCCCUCGUUAUGCAUCGGGUCAAGAAGUGGGAAGAUCUACAACAAGCGCUGCAGGCUAAAUUGUUUAAAUCGGCUUCGGAUUGACUGUGGAAUUUACAUAAACUUCUCAGUUGAAUAAAACCAAUAUUUUCAAUCAA